AUGUAUUCCCCUUUAUUAUCAGAGGCUCAGUUCACAACCCUUUGCCAAACUCUCAAGCUGUCUAUUAACAACUCCCGGAAACCCGAGACUACACCCUGCAGACAUUGUGCAAACCAGCUUUUGCAGCACCAGACUUUGCGCGUCUCUCACCGUCACGGUGGUAAAGGAACUGGAACGAGAAUGCUGAAACUGCUUACCGGAACGCAAUGUCAAUUACACCGUGUAACCUCAAAGUAUCGAAAUUAUGCUACAACCGGGACAGGCAACAUCGGACUUGGUCAACCUCAGACGCUGAAGCAUAUUGUUGAAUUAAUUCAUAUAAUAAUUAUAAUUGACCAAUUUGCAGUGAAAAUCUCGUGCCAAGUAUUCUCGGCAAUUUUUUUACCUGAUUUUCUUGUAAACAAGCUAGCUAAAAGUCAUAAAGAAUUCAAAGCAAACCGUCACAGUAUGCAAACCGUAAAGGUGAGCACGACUCGAGGGACGCCGAGCACCAGUACCGACUUGAAAGAAGCUCUCUGCGAGAAAAUACCGCUUCAUCACGAUCUUCUGAGGAACUUCCGCCUCCGUUACGGUGCAUCUGUCGUUAGCCAUCUCACCGUCGACGACCUUUAUCAGGGAUUAUCAGGUGUCAGCACAACGGUCAGAGAAACUUCGGAAAUCGAUCAAAAACUUGGGGUUAGGUAUCGAGGGCUCGCCAUCCCCGAGGUCGUCGCGCUACUCCCACGCCGUGGAAGUUCGCCCUGUCCUGAGGCGGUCUUCUGGCUCCUGUUAACCGGCGACGUUCCCACACUCGAGCAAACCGCAUCCUUAACGGCGGACUGGACUUCGCGACGCCUAAGGCGAAGAGAAUGGUGGUCGGAGGGAGGCGGAGGGAUCGUUGGUUCCGUUCUCCAGGCUCUUCCGAAGACCGUGUCGCCUCUGGGAAGGCUGUGCGUAGCUUUGACCACCCUUGGAGCGGACGAACACGCACGAAGAGCCAUGAAAACUGGAGCGAUGUCACACACGCAUUGGGAAUACGCUUACGAAGACUGCAUGGAAGUGCUGGCCGCAUUGCCGGCGAUUGUUGGUCUCGUGAGUAAGACUCAGAAAUUGGACAACGCUACCGAGGAAGGUGAUUGGGUGGAUUUUCUGCUUCAAUGUCUAGGAAAUAUAGCCACCGAUGACAAGGGAAAGAUGUCAUCGCUCGGCGAAUUCCUGCGACUCUAUAUCACAGUAAACGCCGACGAGGACGGUGGUUCCCCGGGUGCACACACGACGCAAAUACUCGGAGAUGCGAUAUUAGAUCCAAGUCAAGCGUUGGCAGCGGGUGCAUUGGCGUACGAAGACGAGCCCAGAGGCGGAUCGAUGCUGCAGUACAUGGAGUUUCAAAAAAACUUGCAAGAUGCUCUGGGCGUGAAUCCCACGGAAACGGCGAUAAGGAACUACCUUUGGCUCCUGGUGAAACGGCAGGGUGAAGUGGCCGGUUACAAAGAGUCUGAAUUCUGCGAUCCCAGGUACAUCGUGCUCAGGAACUACGGGAGGGAACAUCUACCGGAGGCAUCGGAGGUCAAGCUCUCGCGGACUAUUUCAAAAGUUUUGAUUCCUAUCUUGAACCAGGCGAAAGUGAAGAAAUCUUGGCCAGAACACAACGCGAUUGCGGCUCCCAUUUUACAAUUUUAUGGCCUUCGGGACAUGGCGUUCAACCAAGUAUUGUUGUGCAUGUCCCGCGCCCUCGGAGCUGUCGCUUCCAUAAUUUGGGCCAGAGCUAUCAACGCGCCCGGAGAACGCCCCAGGUCCAGGUGUACUUACACCUACAUGAAUGCUGUUAGCAAAGUUCGGAAAAAGUCAAAAAAGUACUCUGUGACUUACGCCAAGCACGUCCCAAAGUAAAGUGUCGUUACGUAAUAAUGAAAAAUAAUUGGGCAGAC